CACAUUUCCCCCACGCGAACUGUUCAGUAAUCCAAAUCCAAUUACGCUUCCUUCUCCCCUACUUUUCCUUCCUUUGGUCAAGUUUAUAUACUCUAGUGAGAGGAGGAAUAAUAAUAACGGACACCUUUUUCUUAUAUAAGUAGUAUUGACCAUUCCAUGUUUUCAUAUUAUUUCUGUGAACUUGAUUCCUGGAAAGUAUAGAAAAACAAAUAAGAAAAAAGAAAGCUUGAUAUUUCAGCUUCAGCUGAGAAGAUCAAACAAAUAUUCAAUCCUACAGCAACAAAUCCUCAAAAGUCCUUCGUUUUUUUAAUCUGGUAUGAGUGAAGGCUACAGAAAUGCAAGUGCAAGCUCCAGCUCAAGUUUGAAUAGCAGUUUCCAAGAUACAGAGGAUGAUCAAACCAUAGCAAGCAUCUUAGCAGAAGAGGAAAACUUGCACAAAGAUGGCAGGCUUGCAAAAAGACUCUCCCAUCUGGAUUCUAUACCGCACACUCCUCGUGUCAAUGGGGAAAUACCUGAUGUGAAUGAUGCUACCUUAGAUCAUGAACGACUGUCUGAAAGGUUGGCCACUUAUGGUUUAGCUGAAUUGCAAAUUGAGGGUGAUGGAAAUUGCCAGUUUCGGGCGUUAGCAGAUCAGCUGUUCCGCAAUCCAGACUACCACAAACAUGUUAGGAGGCAGAUAGUCAAGCAGGUAAGGUUUAUGUUGCUCCAUAAAUGCAGACAUUUCCUGUUACCUUGUUUUUUGUGGUAUCAACUGCAGUUUGGAGCCAAAAUUUGUCUUGUCACCUCUUUUCGUGACACUUGCUAUAUUGAGAUCAUGCCCAAAGAAACAAGUCCUACUAGAGAAGUUUGGCUGAGCUUCUGGAGUGAAGUACAUUACAAUUCAUUAUAUGCAAGUGGAGAUGUUCCCACCAGAGCACCAAGAAAAAAGCAUUGGCUUUUUUAGGUUUAAGGCACAUUCAGACCAUUUGUGUAUCUGCUGUACCUACAAUCACUUUACCUAUAUACUACCUUAAGAACUACAGUCUGUUAUUGUAAUUUUAUAACAAUAUGAUUCACAUCUAGCUCUUUGAUAACUAAAAUUUUUCUUUGUAUACAAAUAAUUGGUGAUCACGAUGAUAUAGGAAGUAUUGAUUGUGCAGUCUC